GGCAACGGUUUCUGUGUUGGUUGCGGGACGGUCGUUGAGGAGAAUGCAAUUGUGCCUGGAGUUGUGUUUAGCGAGUCGUCGAGUGGUGCGGCGAUUGUGCAGGGGUCGUUUGUAGGGCAGGGUGCAACACAUUCGAGGAUGGGAGUUCCGUAUGGGAAGAGGAACACUUCUGAAUCUCGAGAGCAGACAAUUGAUAAUGCAAGCAGGAAGAUCCGGAACAUCGGAACCGUUAUACGUCUCUCGGGGUUCGUCCAGACAGCCACAAUUCGCAUGUAUACCCUGGCUCUUGAACAUAAAUAUAUAUUUCUCCAACUCAACCUCUGGCUCCAUCAACAUCUGUACUAA